GAUUGCGACAGCAGCCGCGUGAUUGUGCAACCCUCUAGCCUUAUAAACAGCAGGUGCUGCAGCCUGGGGAAGCUGUCAGCUCAGCCUCCAAGGAGCCGCGCCUCCUCCUGACGUCCCGGCCCAGCCUGGCAGCCACCAUGAAGGUUUUGUACCUGCUGCUGCUGUCUCUCUGCCUCCUCUUCUCCCAGAUAGCCCCAGGUGCGGGCCUCGUGACCCUGUUCCACAGGUACCCGGAGUACGAGUGCGUCAAGAGGGGAGGGACCUGCAACUUCUCCCCCUGCCCACGCUUCACCAGGAUCCAGGGCUCCUGCUACCAGGGGAGGGCCAAGUGCUGCGUGUGAGCAGGGCCUCGUGGGCGCCUGCCUGUGCCAUCUGUGAGCGUUCUGUUAGUAAAAGAAAAGGCCCCCCUUUUUUAAACAUCCCUCCUUCGGACCAAAAUGAAUCUUGUGUCUCCUUUUGGAAGAGGUCAGGAGAGCAGGGGGAUUGGCAGUGAGACUGGCCAGGCCGCAAAGCCCGAGAGCUCAGGACCGGGGGUGCUCUCCUCAUCUCCUCCUCCACGUUUCAUUACCAAACCAACACACAGGGUGAUUCGGGGAGUCCACACACCAUCAAGAAUGCGUGACAAGGGGACAGAUGACACCGUGUCAGGCCCCGUUGGGUCGGGCAGGAGCUCGCCCCAAAUUCAGAGCUCACAGUGACCUGGUCCCUCUGCAGAGCUAGAACCGCCACCUGCCUCCUUCCUGGGCCGGGGGCCGUGGGUUGGUCAAGGUUGGCAUCUGAGAACUUCCAGUCUGGCCAUAAAAUGAUUCCUCCUCAGUUUUACUCUCUAGGCCUAACGUCUGGGCUCCCGGACGAUGAUUUCUGACUCUUCCGCGACUCUCCCGCAGUCCCUUAACCUAGUUUCAGGUCUCUUAAGAGGCCCUGCUGUGACCCCCGCCCCACCCACCCCGACAUGGCAGGCCUGCAGCGCACCUGCGCCUGUGUCCACCUGUUGGUGGAGAGACAGGUCGCCUCCCCUUUCUCCCAAUAAAUGUUCUGCAGCUGA